AUAGGGUAAAUUUUAUGUGGAGAGAUAGUUGAGAGUAUGUAGCUUGACAAGUUGUUAGCACGAAUCUGAGUUUGUUGUUCAAAGAGUUAUAGCAGUCGUUCAUUUGGAAAAAGUAAAUCGAAUAUGAAUGAUAAAAUGUAAAGUAACGUAUCUGUAACGAACGAAGAACUAACCAAUGAGCAGCCACGAGAACUUGCCAACAUAAAGCCGUGUCCCCUAUUUAAAUCUAUGCGUGCAAAGUGGGUUGGUCAACGAAUAGUCUAACAAUAAAAUGGCGGUUAUACCGAAAACAAUAUCACGGCUCCCUCCAGAAUAAUGACGUCGCGACGCUGUAAUGAUACAAUAUAUUUUUUGAUUAAUUCGAGGGGGCGCGAGACGCAGAUAUUGAAAGCGUGUACGUUCGGUGCUAGUGGUGCUUCCGGAGUCUAAAGGAUAAACGAAUCCUCAACAAUAACCCCAUUCGAAUUCUAACCGUUUUUAACCCGUUGACUCGCUCUCUUUUUCUCUUCCGCGCCGUUUUGAUUUCACCCUCUCCUUUCUCUCUCAUUCUUUUUCCCCACCUCCAUCUUUCUCUCUCUUUAUUCCGUCAGUGCGGUGUUUAUAUUUAUGCUUUGCGUCGGAGAUUAAUAAGCCAAACCAUUCAACGAAGAUGGAUGAUUCGAACGAGGUGCUUGUUUGUGCUGCAGAGUUCUUGAAGGAUCGAUUGUACUUUGUUACACUGAGAACAACUGUCAAGCCCAGAAGCACACCGAACACCCACUACUUCAGUAUAGAUAAUGAACUAGUAUAUGAAAACUUUUACGCUGACUUUGGACCUCUCAAUCUAGCCAUGCUCUACCGUUAUUGCCAGAAGGUGAACAAAAAACUUAAGGCUGUUACCCUGAGCAAGAAAAAAAUAGUCCACUAUACAACCAUGGAUGCCCAGAAGAGGGUCAAUGCUGCGUUUCUUAUCGCCAGCUAUAUGAUAAUAUAUUGGAAACGCACUGCAGAGGAGGCUUACGAAUGCUUGAUAUCAAGCCCGACGAGCCCGCCAUUCGCUAUGUUCAGGGAUGCCUCUUUGGGAGCUCCCUGCUAUCAAAUAUCUCUUGAAGAAUGUCUCCGUGCCAUUCAAAAGUGUCAUGUUUUGGGCUUCUUCAAUUUUUGUGAUUUCCACCACAAGGAAUACGAGCACAACGAACGUGUGGAAAAUGGGGAUUUGAAUUGGAUCGUUCCAGGCAAAUUUAUUGCUUUCUGUGGGCCCCAUGUUAAAACCAAAAUUGAAAAUGGCUAUCCCCUGCAUGCCCCAGAGUCUUAUUUUGCGUAUUUCCGUCGCACCAACGUUUCAACCAUUGUACGAUUGAACAAAAAGAUAUACGAAGCUUCAAGGUUUAUCGAAGCAGGCUUUGAUCACAAGGAAUUGUUUUUUAUCGAUGGCUCGACUCCCACCGAUUCUAUAAUGCGACAGUUUCUCAAAAUAUCUGAGAAUGCACCCGGUGCUGUGGCGGUUCAUUGCAAGGCGGGUCUUGGCAGGACUGGAACACUGAUCGGCUGCUACAUAAUGAAGCACUAUCAUCUCACUGCCAGAGAAACCAUUGCCUGGAUCAGAAUUUGCAGACCUGGCUCUGUCAUAGGGCAUCAACAGCACUGGCUUGAACAGAAAGAAGCGUACCUUCAUUCUUUACUGAAAGUGCCUUUGCGGGCGUCGGCGAAUGGAGAGCCGGUGCAUCCUUAUGGGAUUUACUCUCUGGCAGAAAGAUCCGCCGAUUCGUCCAUUCCGGGUAUUAAAAAUUCUCGCCUCGUUCAGGACAAUGUCUCUGGCAUUAUGCACCGUGUCGACGGUAUAAAACUAGACGAUCCUGGACCACUUUCAAGCAUUGCUGUACCAAAAAUCUCUGUGCUCACUCAGGGCGAUAAACUGAAUCAAAUUAAAGCCUCGAGACGGAGUGCGAUACCCUCCUGUCAAUCGGCCCUUAGCGCAAUAUCGAGCCCAUCGACCGUAGUGCACCCCUAUCUAGGCCCCUUGCUUCAUACCAGAGGUCAAAAAAGUGCAACAGGUCUAACGAGUACCAAGGAUAAGGAACCUCCGAAGCGGCUACUCGGACGAGCGACAACUACGACAAUCGUCAAAAGAAACAAUUGGCUGGUCACUAACAACUGCGACUCUACCGUGCGUCGUGUCAAUUCGAAAACGACGACACAAGUUAGUAACAAUCGGUACCAGGCUCACGUCAACAGAAACGGCCAUCAAAACAACAACAACAACAACAACAAUAACAAGGUCGAUGACGUCGAUAACGAAGACGACCGCGACGAACUGGACCCAACCCGCCCGGUCGCAUCUUUUUUGGUGUCUAAACCCGUAACGAGGGCUAGUGUCAGAGCUUCCUGUAUCGCAGAUACUCGCCCCAAUGUUGCGACAACGAAUCGCUCGGCCCAACAGCCUCAACAGCCGGGCAUGAGCAUGAUUCUCCGGUCGGCAGAUCGCGUCACACGAUACCAUUCUUUGAGGCAUGCGCGCCCCACAAAAAGUUACAAAACAGCGUUUGUCAGAUGACUAACCGAUAUUCUCAGCGGUGCCGGAGAUGAUACAGUGGUCAGUCGGACUCCGGGGCAGCGCCGGAAAUCCAGACGUCUCAAUCCGAUCCUCCACUAAGAUGCGCAUCGACCUUGUCCACGAAGACAACUUCCUUGAACGGAGAACCGAGGACUCGGCAGAUUCAGUCGCCGACUGGACAAGGCGGAUCUCAUCCUGGGCUGUUUCUAUGGUGGGGAUGCGGUACUAGAUUUGUGACUAAUUUUUCAUCCCUUACACCUUAUAUCCGAUAAGAUAUCUUCAACAUUUCAAGCUCGCUCUGGGCUAUAAGCGAGAUUGCAGACAUUAUCAAAGAUUUUAAUACGCUUUGAUUCACUAACUUUCACGCGCUGUAGGGUGGAGGAUGAAUUACGAUUAACGGCAUAGGUGGAUUACUUGCGCCCCAAUUUCGAGUCGCGAUAUGUCUGCCUUUCACUCGAGAAACUGCUAACUGCACAUCCCCUACGACUUCCCUACUCCUGAUUCCGGACUGGAAAAAUAUGAGGUCGGCUCUUUAGUGCGAUGCUGUGAAUAUUGUGGUACCCAAAGACGCAGAAUCCAAACGAAGGCCGCGUAGCUCACCGAAAAGGUUUGAUCAAAGAAAUCAAUUUAUUAAAAAUAGUAAAUUAGGCGGAACACAACUAUGCGCGCGUGGCAUCAACACCACGGCAAAUACGUCGGUGAAAGAUCGAAUAUUUUAUUACAUUGUUUUACAUUCGGACCCUCUGCGGUGUGUGUCGACAUGCUCUGCAUGGCGAAUGUCAACGUUUACCUGUGUAAGUCAGAAAUAAGGGUAUUCAACAAAUAUUUCGGACAUACACUAAUCCGGUGAAAGUCGACCUUCUCCAGAUUCCGGUGUUUCACAGUAACAUACACAUGAAACGACAGACGGGGUGUAGGGAAGCAGGGCGCGAAGCCCUCGACUAUCAAAAAUUCCUCAAAUGAAUAAAAAGGAAUUAAGAAAGUGGAUAAAAAAGAAUUUCGUGCAAAGCUGGAUCACAAGGGCAAUGAAAGGCAAAUAAUCUGAAGUAAAAUUUUCGAUCGUUACGGUUAUUUUUAUUUUUUUCUAUCGUCAUGGUAAAGGUCAUCACACAUUAAUUCGGAUUCGGCAAUAUUACACGUAGAAUUACAAUUUGCACACGGGUUUGACCAGUGCGAGAUUGAGGUACUUUGCGUACGCACACCUGUGCGUAAAGUCGAAUUUUGCGCAUGCAGUUGGGGAAAAAAAUGUAGAAAACUAAUUUCAAAUUUCAAAACGCAUAAUCUUUGCAUCGAAUAAUAUCCACACAAGUAGAUAUACCUGUGCAAUAUACAUAUUGUAACAUUGCCGAUGUUCAGUCGCAAGCUUGCCUUCCGAACAUCGAAGUUGUUUACGAAAAGAAACUCGUAAUCAACGAAGAAAAACUGUCAAAUAAUUGAAUAUGAUUUGGGGGUAGGUUUAGGACGCGGAUAUAAAUCAAAAGGGCAAAGCCCGGCAAUGUUACAAUAUGAUUGAGAUAUAACAAUACUGUAUCUAGGUAUACGAUACAUAUUCUGACGGUGUUUCAUGGGAGCAUAGAAGUAUAUGGGAGUUUCUUGAGGGUCCUGAAAUGGGCACAAAGGAUCAAUUUUUUUGCAUAUACAUUAGGGUGGUCCUUAACAGGGUUGUUUUCGAAUUUCGAUGCUCCUAGGAGUUUAAACGUUUCUAAAUAAAUUUAAAGAAAUUCCCUGAAAAUCUGAGCUUUUAAUAUCAACACUAAGAUAGUCCACAUUGACACCGAAUUUUCUUAUGGAAAUAACAUGAGAAUAACAUGUUUUGUUUUUUGAAUCUUUUAUAAGUCGUUGACAAAUAUAUAGAAAAUUAUGGAAAUUCACAGUUCAAUAGACAUGUCAACGCUCUACAAAAAAAGUCUCUUAUGAUUUUUCGCUAAAUCGACUGUUUCAAAAGUUAUUCUAAUGAUAAUUUUAUGUAAAUUGAACGUUGAACUCAAAUUCAACUUUCAAAUCAAUAGAUUUAGCGAAAAAUCAUAAGAGACUCUCAAAAUUUAUUUGUAAGCGUUUAAGCUUCUUGGAGCAUCGAACUUCGAAAACAACCCCGUUAAGGACCGACCUAAUGCACAUAUGUAUAAUUGUUGGGCGUAUCUCGCCGUAUCCGAUUGUAUAUUAAUUUUAUCCAAUGCAAUGAAAAAAUUAAUGGCAGUCAUCGAUCAUUGAUUCUCAAACAUCAUCAUCAUCAUCAUCGUCAUCAUUAUCAUCAUCAUCAAUUAUCAUCAUUAUCAUCGUUACACUAUCCGUACAUUGCGAGAAGCGACUCGCAUCUGUAUGUGCCUAGCUAAUCUCGUUAUACGUUGUUUCGUAGAGAUUGAUUGUUGCUAAUUAAUUAUUGAAUUACUGAAAUAUUAUAUCAAACCGGUUGCGAAAAGUAACGCCCGUUAAGAGAUAGCAUCUUCGAGAAUAAUUGUUUUACAUUAGGUAUAAAGAGAGUUCAUACAUAUAACAAAUAUUUUAUAGGAGAGACGUGUGUAGGCUACGACACAGUAAGGGUUGCUUUGAAUAACGCCCCUGUUCCUAGUGAGGGUAGCUAGACAUGUUUUUAAUAUAACGGCGAGGUUUAUAACGAACGAAUUGUACAUUAGUUUCCAGUCAUUUAUUUAGUCCGUACAUCAAAUUUCCAUUUUCUUUGUCCUUAAAGCCAGCUUCUCCGUUUAACCGCUAAUCUAUCUUUUUAUUCGUCGUUAAACGCUUAUCAACGUCGGAGUGAAAAGAAACGCACGGUGCUGAUCCUUAAUUCGGUGCCUUCGUAUCGGUGGUGAACUUGUAACAACCGUGUCGAGAAUUUAAUUAUGGCAAAUCCACAAUCCCAGUAGUAUUCAAGUCGAGCAGUAUUAUCAUCAACACUUAUUCUGCAAUAUUAUCAUUAAUCAAACGAAUGAGUCAUCCGUCUUUGUCAAUAUCGUUCCAGCUUUGCAUUAUGCAUUAUUUUGUUGAACUUGGUACAGGCUUGACACCUCGCUGGAAACGUAACUCAUGGAGCGAGCCAAAUAUUAAUGUUGUUCGUUGGCACUUCUUUCUAUUCGAGAUUCUGCUCCGUUUUCACAUGAGCCAUCUAUUUUUCUAUGAACAAAUAGGCAACAUGUUGCACGGCUUAGAGAGAUAUCAACGCAAUCGUAGGAUGAACAACUAACUAACGAUACCGACCUCUGUCAAACUCCUUGGAUUCGAGAGCCACAAUAGUAGAGAAUCGAGUAAGACUUAACAAAUAUAGGUAGAUGCUUGGCAGUAGGAUGAUUUUUAUUGGAUAAAAAUAUACAAAAAUUGUAAAAAUACAUGUGUAUAAUUGUGGAAUACAAAUCAAAGUUCAUAGGA